AUGGGCGCGUGCCUGGCGCGGACGCUGGACUGCUGUGAUGUGAGUUGCCUCAGGGACCAGGUGGACGCGUUGUUGGGCUAUGUCUCUCCACAGCCCAGCGGUCUGCCUCGCGUGUACAGCGAGUCCGCGCCGGAUCUGCUGAGCUUGGACUCACCCAUGUCUCCAGGCUCGUCAAGGAGUCAGCUGCUGCGUAUGGUGCGGGCGAGGACUUGGAGCACGGAGAACUUCAAGCGGGGCCUCCGCCGCUUUGCGAGCUCCGCCUCGCCCAAGCGGGUGAAAGCAGAUGAGCUGGAUUUCGGGGACAUGGCAACCCAUGACCGCGCCCGCAACAUCAUGCACUUGUGGAAGGUCCGGGGAGCUUGUCGCCCCAUCACGGACUUCUACGACUUCGAUUGCCAUCUGGGGGAGGGCGCCUUCGGCAGCGUCUCCAAGUGGCGCGUCAAGGGCUCGCCCACCUCCGUGGCCGUGAAGCAGAUCCGGUGGCAGGCCAUUUGGCACGGCUUCUUCCGGAACCGCGCGGCCGAGCGCCUGAUCAGGAAGGAGCUGAAGCUGCUGCUGGUGCUGGACAACCCCUUCAUCAUCAAGUUUCGCGAGUGGUUCGAGGACAUGUGCAAAGGCAUCUUCUUCGUCAUGGAAGUCUGCACGGGCCCCUCCUUGCAGGACAUCCUGGAGGAGGUGUGCGGUUUGCCGGAGGAGCAGCGGAAAGCGCGGCUCCAGAAGCUCCGAAGGCACUUCCGGGAAGUCGCCUACGCCAUCAGCUACAUCCACAGCUUCGACCCUCCGGUGGUGCACCGAGACCUGAAGCCGGACAACAUCCUGCUGGCGGACUGCAGCGAGUUUUCCACUGCCCGGGUGAUAGACUUUGGCUUGGCGUGUUUGAAGACCGAGGAGGAGAACAUGGCGGUGGGCACCAUGGUCUUCAUGGCCCCCGAAACCUUCAUCAACGCCAAGGUGGACCUCAGUCAGCAGACGGACAUUUGGGCGCUGGGGGUCAUCCUCACCUGGAUCACCACGGCCAUCGUGCUGGGGUCUCUGCAGCAUCCAUGCCUCGACGUGGAGGAGGGCGAAGAGUUCGGCGUGAAAUGGAUCUCCCUGUACACGGCCUUCAAAGACAAGGCCCCCUGGAACAGGUCGCUGGUGGAGGGCCACCCUGAGGUGGCGCUGAUCCUGGACAAGGUUUUGCGUUAUGAGCCGGAGGAGCGGUGCAAAGCCUCAGACAUCCUGCAGGAGGCCUGGAUCUGUGUGACGGACCCGGCGGUGUCUGCCUGCGCGGAGCUUUUGGAGCGGGGCACUCUGCUCUACAACCUCCGCACCUUUGGGGAGCUGAGCGACCUGGAGAAGAAGAUCGUGUUCCUGGUGGCGGACCAUGCCCCAGACAACCAGCUGGCGCUGCUGCGAAGGACCUUCCGGGCCCUGGACCUGGGCAACGACGGGCAGCUGGACUUGGAGGAGCUCCGGGAAGGCUUCAGGAAGCACGACGUGGACAUCUCGGAGGAGUUAGUUCGUGAGCUGUUCGAUGAAGUUGACAUCGACGACAACAACGUCAUCAGCUACCACGAGUGGCUGGCGGCCACCAUCGGCCCGAAGAUCAUGGAGUCGGAGUCGGCGUUGGCUGCCUGUUUCCGGCGUCUGGACCCGGAGGACAACGGGUACAUCUCCCGGGAGGACCUCAUCAGGGCGGUGGGACAAGGAGCCGACGAGGUUUUGAGGCUGGACGAUGAUAGCUUCUUCCUGGACGAGCCCCGGCUGUCUUUCGAGGACUUCAAGGUUGUGGCUCACAGGAUCGGGGAGAAGCGUGCGAGCACGUCCUACCCGGCUAGGACUUCCCAGUCUGAGGCGACGGGGAAGAAGUGGAACUCCGCGCCAUGA